AUGCAUAACCCUGUCUUAUCGACUCGGUUACGGACAACAGUUGGUCUCCUCGCCCUCUCCCUCUACUCUACAACAACAGCGCAAUCCCCUAUAUCUGUCGCCCGCCCAGCCUUCAUCACCCUCAACAAUGAAAGCACCCUCUACAUUCAAGGAGGGCGCGACUACAACGACGGCAAGGCCACUGCCUCCAACCAAUUCUUUUCCCUCGACCUCACACAACCCACCUGGGAAGCAUCCAAGCCUCCUUGGACACCCAUCAGCAUCUCCAAUGGUGUAGCACCAGGACUCACUACUUUUGGACACUCUUUUUCAGUCUCACCUGAUCAACAGACCCUCUCCCUCUGGGACCCUGUCGACCUCGAUGCAGCUGCCCCUAAUACCCCUGGUGUGUCUGGCAACAUCAGUCUUACCACGAGAAUGUGGACACCCUUUUCCGUCCCCAUGAAGAUGAACCAAUCCGAGGGAGGGCUCCAGGCUGUGACACACCCAAAGACAGGACUUGUCUACACCCCAACAGGAUACAACAACACCGACAUGGCCAUAUACGAUUUUAAAACACACACUGUCACCUCUACACCCUUACCCCCUCAGAUCUUUGGUGGUUGGAGGUUCUAUACCUUCAAUUGGAAUGAGCUCCGGGGGACGUUCUUUCUUUGGGGUGGACAAGGGAAACCAGGAACAUCGUACUUUUACGAGUUUGAUGCUACCAAAAUGCAGUGGACCGAGAUGAUCACAAAAGGAGCAGUGCCGCCUCGGUUGAGAGCCGCCUGCAUGGCUCCGGCGUACGGAGGAGCCAAAAUGGUUCUUUUCGGCGGUAAUCCUCCUGGCGAGGACUCAAUCGGAACUCUGUACAUCCUCGAUGUCCCUUCAAUGACAUGGACUCAAGGCCCUAGCAUCGAUCCAUCACAGAACCGCUCUCAGUUGGCCUGUACAGUGAGCGGCGACAGUUUCAUCGCUUGGGGUGGAAUCAGGUUUACUCCAGGCUCAUCAGGAAGGCCAACUCUGCCAAUGUCAUCGACCCCGCUCAUCUACAACAUUUACACAGGAGAGUGGACUACAAAAUAUGUCCGCGGCUCGCAUCCCUACUCGGGCACAUCGCCACCAGGUGGAAAUGGAAGUGGAGGAGACGAAGGGGUAGGAGGGAGUCGAUUAAAAGGAGAAGGUGAGGAAUCAGGAGGAGGCACCAAGCACAUCGCUGCGAUCGCCGGGAGUGUGGCAGCAGUGUUGGUCCUCCUACUGGCCAUCGCUUUCUUUUUGUUGUACAGAAGGAGUCGCCGUCGUCGUCGCCAUGAGAUGGAUCAGAAGCACCAUCAGCAUCAGCCAGAGGAAUUCUGGCCAUCAGCUGAAUCGAGUACAAGGACAGUGGUGCCUAAGGUCAUGCCCAAAGUCGUGCCUAAAGCCGCGCCUCCGACAAAGUACAUCCCCCGAAUGGAGACAGACAGAUAUGUGUCGGAAGCAGGGAACAGGAACAAGAACCAGCUCCACAUAUCCCCCCCUUUGAAUCUGCAACAGCAGAUGUAUGGAACCCAGACCUACUCGAACAGCAGCACCCUCGACUCCCUUACACACCCAUAUCCGAAUUCUUCUCAUCUGCAUCCUCGUUCGGGCAACUACGGCUCGCCACCUCCUUCACCAACACAUUCAUACACCAAAUCAUCAACACCAUCACCAGUACCACUUUACCCCAUCGUGAACACCUCAAGUCUCAAGCGGACCAACCUAUCAAGGCAACAACAACAGGAAUACUACCAGCAACUCCAGAAACAGUUAGAGGCACGACAGUGGGAACUUGCACAUUACCACGACCAGCAACGUCUAUCUAGCGAUUCACAAUACACCUUCACGGCCUAUUCGCGUAACCCACUGGAUGAUGGCAUGGCGUCCCCGACAGCCAACACUCGACAGUUGCGGAUGCAGAUCAGUGCCCUCCAGACGGAGUUGAAGAGAUUGCAUGCCAUUCUUCAUCCGUAA